AUGACCCUCCGCCCAGCAGCAGACUACAUCGCCCUUGCUCCUCUCUCCGGCGGCAAUGGCACCAGCCUGACCGCAUCGCGUGCCGCCUCCCAUACCCUCGCGUAUCUUCUACGGCGGCGCGUUCUGUAUGUCGUGUUGUUCGGGAGCGCCCUCCUCUCCCUCUUCGUCAUCCUCCGCGGCGCACUGCACGAAAUCGACAUGGACAUCGAUCUUGACGAAGACCUCCUCGAUAUCGAUCUCAUGGACCUACUCCCGCCGAAUACGUUCGAGUCGCUCCGUACUGCAUACCUACCCUUCCGUGCUCCUCGGACACAGGUAUCGCAUAAUGUGACGCUGCUCCCCGUGCGUGAGCUUAGCGGAGAGUGUGUUGAGGCUUACUUCAGCGAGGGUGCACCCUGCGGUGUAUCAGGCGGGCAGCCAAAGCUCGAUUUUCUCUGGACUUGGGUCAAUGGCUCCGACCCGCUAGAGGAUCAGGCAAAGAAGGCCGCGCAGGCCGCAUUCGGUCCAACAGACCCCUGGAGACCCGCUGCGUCUGGCACGCAGGCUAGGAUGUACCGAGACCACGACGAGCUGCGACAUUCGUUGCGGUCUGUGCUCGCAAAUUUCCGGGGCUACGCAGGGCGUUUUUUCUUGCUCACCGCCGACUUUCCUUUACCGACAACAACGCCCAACUUGACACAGGCACUGCCGCCGGGCUGGCGCCUGGGCCAGAUUCCGCAGUGGCUGGACAUAGAAGCACGGACCGCGUGGGUAGACGGGGAUGUGGGUCUGCAAGUUGUGCACCACGCGCAGGUCUUUCAGCCAUAUUUAGGCACGAAUUUCAACAGCUUGGCGAUCGAGAGCCAACUUGGGCACGUUGAUGCCAUUUCGGACCACUUCCCCCUGAACCCACCUCGCAAAGAACGACGACCUGUACAUGAUGUCAGCCAUGAACCCUGCCAGCUUCUAUACCCCUGUGGCUCACCUGUUACAGCGUACGGCGUCGUGAUUUACCUCCAGUCAGACCUCAUGGUUGCGCCCACCCGUCCCAACGCGAAGACGCAGGGCGAGUGGCGUAGCAUGGGCGAGUCCAACUACAUACUCAGUGCGUUACUCUUCUUCGCCCCCUUCUCUCUUCUCACCGCCCUUUCCGUAGGCGAACGCUUCGGCCAACGGCAUCGGCCAUACGUCGUGCACGAAGCCAAGUCCGUGUCCCGGCCCCUGCUCGCUGAGGCUGCCGCGAUCUGGCCCACUGCUUUCGCGCGCUCCGCGACGCACGCGUUCCGCGAGACCGCGGGGCCCGGCACCCCGUCGGACGUGAACACGAUGUUCCUGCACGCGCACAUGCUUGUUGAGCGCGCGCGCGAGGCGCUGCUCUGGACGUGGGUUGUCGCGCACGUCGGCACGCUCGACGACGGCUGGGGCGACGCAGAGGCGCGGCAGGCGUGGGCAGAGCUCGGCGGCGCGUGGGACGUACCCGAAGGGGGCAAGCGCGAGGUGGAGGUGAGGGCGGGGCGCCGGACGACGCUGGAGCGCGAGCGCGUGAUGACCAUGCUCGCGCAGGCCGGCGUGCCUGAGGGCCUGGGCAAGACUGCGUAUGUCUUCUCUUCGUCCGACGGGUACGCGUACGCGACGCUCGGCACGAGGGGUCAGCAGAAGUGGCCUGCGUUCACGCCCGACGCGCCGGAGGACAAGCUGCCAAGUUGUCGCAUCAGCUUUAGGCAGUGUUUCCCGGGGCACAGCCGCGCGUCUGAGGUGUUCAAGCACAUUGCGUUCCGCGAGCUGCAAUGUGGCGACUGCAUCAUCUCUGCGCUCAUGCGCACAAGCGGCCCGCUUGGGCUCUCCACGUUCCUGCCCUCGCCCGACCGCGCCCUCGGGUCGCUCGCGGGCAAGCUGCCGUCCCUCCCUUUCGGCCUAUCCUUUCCUGGCGCCGGCUCUGCAUCGCCGGGCGACGAGCUCACAGUGGUCCCCCACCUGCCCCUUGUGGAUAAGUGGGAGAACGGUGCGUUUGCCCUGCGCGACGUGAUGGGAGCGACGGGCGAGCGGAACGUGCGCCGGUGGACUCUGUCGCUGCUGCAGCGAUAUCGCUACGUCAUCGCGACUACUCCCGCAAUUUUUGAGCGCCUGCAGUCCCCGCGCCAGGCGGCGAGCAUGCUCGCACGCGUCGACCGGAACAAGGAGGCCGCGCUGCUCUGUAUCAACGACGAUGUCGUUAGCGGCGACGCAGAGGUCGCAAAGACCUUCCGCGAGUGGCAGGACAAGCACUGGGGCACGCGGGCAAAGUGGGAGAAGUCAUAG